GUAAGGUGAUGUAUACUGUUGAGUUCACACGGCUUCGCUUGGGGAUUUCCGUAUACAAAAAUUUAAUUUUCCAGUUUUUUUUCGGAACAAACAGUUGAAAUUUUCUUUUAAUUUCAGGACAAGCGUUCUGUCGCUGUCGCCGAGUGUGGUUCGGUGGAAGGCGCGCACAAGAAUUGUGCGUCUCGAGUUCAGUCGUUGUUACAAUUCGAGUGCGACCGAACUCGCUGCGCUAAUUAUUGAUCAAGAAAAUAAUACACGUUAUACACCAAUCAGUUUUCCAACUUGAUUUAUUACAACAAUGCCACGAACACGCAGGGGGGCUAAUUUGAGUCGUCAAACAAACAGAUCUAGAGGCAUGCAAGAUAGAAGAGCAAUAAGAUCAGAUGCAGAAAGGCAACAAAGUAAUGCAGAUGUCCGUGUAAGAAUGGCGCAGUUACGAGAUGAGCGAAACCAACAAAGACAAUUGGAACGAAGAGAAGCGCGCAGAUUCGUAGCCAACAGACGUAGAGGGAUUGACCAACAUCAACAAGUACUUCGAGCAUUUACAUCACAUUCAUUUCUUCGACUAGCAUUUCAGUAUGAGCCUGAUGUUGAAUAUUACGCUCAUUCCAAAGUGGUAAUUGGUACAUUGGACAAGGAAUGCCCGCACUGUCAAGCCCUUAAAUUUAAAAAUGAGCCAAUUGGGAUGUGUUGCUCAUCAGGAAAAGUGAAACUUCCAGAAAUUGAAACACCGCCGGAACCAUUGCACGGCCUCGUUAUUGGUACUGAUCCAAAUUCUUCGCUGUUCUUGCGUUCAAUUCGGCAAUUCAAUUCAUGUUUUCAAAUGACAUCGUUCGGAGCAACGGAAAUAGUUAAAAAUACUGCUGCAAAUGGUCAACAAUUUAAUUCCACAUUCAAAAUCAAAGGCCAAAUUUACCACAAAGUCGGCUCAUUACUACCAAUGCCAAACGAGCCUUAUAAAUUUUUACAAAUUUUCUUUAUGGGUGGCGAGGACUCCGAACGGGCACUCGCCAAUCGCGUGAAUACACGUUGCAACUAUAAUCACCUCAAUUCACCAUUUGCAACGCGCAUUGUCAACGAGCUGGACGCUCUGUUAAAUGAGCACAACGAAUUGUUGAAAUUAUUCAAAUCACAUAUGCAUAAGCUACAAAGUGACAAUCACGCUGUUUUCAUCAAUCCUGAUAGAACACCAGCUGGAGGGCAUAUACGUCGAUUCAACGCACCUGUUGUUGACGACGUGGCUGGAAUCAUGGUUGGCGACCAUACAGCUACGCGACAAAUCGUGAUUCGAAGAAAAUAUGAUGCUCUCCAAUAUCCACUCAUUUUUGGAAGGGACAAGACGGAUAUUGCAUAAACCUUAAGCAACGAGAUCCGGUAACAGGAACCGAAACAAACAAGAAUAUUAGCUCAAAGGAUUUCUAUUCGUUUCGGUUGAUGAUUAGACGUGGUCAGGAUAAUAUCAUUCUACGAUGUCGUGAGUUUUGCCAACAAUUUAUGGUCGAUAUGUACGUCAAGAUAGAGAGUGAACGACUACGAUACUUGCGAUUUAACCAACAGAAGCUGCGUGCGGAAGAAUACAUUCACUUGCGAGAUGCUAUUGCCAGCAACGCUGAUACUGCCGAAAUCGGUAACUCUGUCAUCCUACCAUCAUCGUACAUAGGUAGUCCACGUCACAUGCAAGAAUACUUACAGGAUGCUAUGGAUAUAAUAUGGAUAAUAUGGACGACCUUGCUUUUUUAUUGCUUUUACAUGUAAUCCAAAAUGGCAGGAAAUUACAUCGUUAUUACCUGGACAAAGUGCAAUACAUCGUCAUGACAGGGCAUGUGAACAUGCGCGUUCAAACGCUUCAGGAUCCAUCCGCCGAAACUUUUUCGAAACAGCUAUUAGAUAUUGGCAAUGGGAAAGUUGCCGUACAUGAAAAUACUGGAUCAAUAAAAUUACCAACCGGUUUUUGCACAAUCGUCCACUCGCAAGAUGUUCUCAUCGACUGUAUAUAUCCCGAUGUACACACACAAUAUAUAAAUCUUGAGUGGCUGGCAGAAAGAGCCAUUUUAGCAGCGAAAAAUGUGGACGUUCAUGGAUUAAAUUUCAAGAUACAACAAUUGUUGCCAACAGACUCUGUGUCAUACAAAUCUGUUGAUACAGUUUGCAAUACUAUCGAAGCUGUAAAUUACCAAGUAGAAUUUUUGAAUUCCUUGGAUUUGCCAGGCAUGCCACCGCACCACUUACAAUUGAAAGUAGGAUCUCCGGUGAUUUUGCUCCGUAACUUGAACCCACGGCUGUGCAAUGGUACACGAUUGGUUAUUAAAAAAUUAAUGAAGAACGUGAUUGAGGCCACCAUUUUAAAUGGCAAGUUUCAAGCUAAAAGGUAACACGAAAUUCUUUGACUGUUAGGCGUUACGAAGUUCGCCGGGUUUGC